AUGGACGAACACGACGACGAAAUCUCGCUGACCUCGCUGUUCGAUUCGGCGCACAAAUUUGUCAGCGAUAUUGAGAGCGGCGCGUUCACGACGCCCGAAAUUCAGCCGAGGCUCGCCGAAAAUAUUGCGAAUUUGGAAACGCUGACGAUUCUCGUCAACAAAUUGGGAUUGUUCUCAUCGAACGAGCUGAUUGAUGACGUGCCGACGGCAUCACUGCGAUAUCUUCUGAUUCCCUGCUACCUCGGCGUCCUUCAUCAGAAUACGAUGGCGGAGCCGAAGACGAGGCUCGAUGCGUUGAGGAAAAGCAAAAUCUACUAUCGAAAUUUUCUCGAACGCCUCCGCAAUCUCGGCCUCAUCGACUAUCGCCUUCCGUGGGUUCUCGACGAGGAGGAGGCGAAAAACGUGAUGAAGUUGACAGCCGAGGAAAAUCGACGCCAGAAGCUGGAACGACAUCGGAAGAAGAAGGAGCUGAAGGAGUGCGAAUCGCAGCUAUGCAAGCAGCUUCAAGCAAUGUCCGUCGACGAGGGAAAUGUGAGGGAUCUCUACCUGACUCAACUACGCUACUGGAUCGAGAAGGCGUUCGAGGAGCUUCAAUCGAUCGAUGAGGAGCUGCCGUUGCUCAAAAUGAUUGUCAGAGGAGCGACACGACCGGAUCCGCCGAAACAGCCAACAAGAGCACCGAUGAAGCCAUUUGUGAUCACGAGAGAUGCUCAGCAGAAGGCUGUGUUCGGUCUAGGCUACCCAAGCAUUCCGACGAUGACCGUCGAUGAAUGGUAUCAAGAGAAGUUUGGAUGUCACGGAGGUCCGGCAUCGGCGAGCCAACCCUCAGCAGCAGCAGCAGCAGCAGAAGGUUCGGAUCAUUCGGAUGGCGAGGAUGAGGAUGCGAAACGAGCGCGCCUAAUGCAAUGGGAUGAAUACAAGGACACCCAUCGGCGAGGAUGGGGAAAUACGCAUAAUAAAGGAUAA